GCUCAAAAAAGAGCGACGUUGAGUGUGUGUCUUUGGAUUCUCACUGAUACAACUUGAACAACAUGAAAUUUUCUCUUGGUUUCUAUUCUUCAUGCACGUCUCUGUUGCUCUCCGCACGAAAACAGCAAAACUUCUAUGUGAUUCUUUUCUUAUUCCUUCCGCCCCCGCUGAAGAAAGUUGCAGUAUGCCAGUCUGAUUUUUUUCGUGACUGACCGAUGUUCCUGCUUUGUUCCAUCUUUUCUUUGUCAGACAGUCAGUUGCCACUAUGUUCUAAAUUUAUAAAUAUAUUUUCAACUUAAAAUAAGUGCAAAGUUCUAUUAAUCCAAAUCCAUUGACUAAAAUGAACAGCAUCAAGAAAUUGCGAGCGAUCGUGCAUACAAUUAGCUUACCCCUCUCGUCCCUUUCACGCAUGAUUGUUUGAUAUUUUUCCUGUAACUAGAUGGAUCGACAAUAUUCAGAAACAACUCUAUCUACUUCUUCUAGAUCCACGAAAAUCUAAGACCACCUGUACUGCAAAGACAAAAUGCCUGUCUCACCGAAACCAGCCCGUAGCAGCAGCAGGCGCACCUCGAGCACGGCAUCCGCUGCAAAAAACACCAGCAACACAAAUACGACAAGCAGUAUGCGCACCAGCACAAGAACUACCUCCACUGCCACCAAGAUCACAACCAACACGAAGAUCAUGACAUGGAACAGCACUUCUUCAAGCAUGUUCCUUCUUGGCAGUGAUCGUGUGGUGAUAGCCUUGCUCGUCUCGAUACUUGGUUACUUCCAUUACGUUCGGUUUAUCGAGGACGACUUGCUUCAAAAUGGGUCCUCAGGUUCCCCGGAUGAUGCAGAUAUUGCCUUUUCGUGGAGGAUGUUUUCAUGGUCAGAGUUUAAGUCUUUACCAGAGACAGUACGAGACCCGGAACUCACAUAUAUGAGCAUUUUCGGCUACGUGUUUAACGUUACGUCGGCUCCGCACUUCUACAAGCCGGGUGAAGGAGGAUACGCGCUUUUCCAUGGGAGGGAAUGUAAUUUUAGUAUCGACUUUGAUGACUACAUUGAUUGAUGUUAAUUCUCUUUUUCUGCGAGAAGGAGAACAAAUGACAUUAUUAGGUCCAUAGGGUUGCACUGAUUCAACCCAGAGUUCGUUUAGUGUCAGAUUACUCUGAUUCAAUGCAAAAAUCGGUGAUGUAUCCAUCGAUGAUCCAAGUUAUUCUCUGUUUGUACACACUCACACUCUUAUCUUUCAUCACCAAUAAGGUACCCGUUCGAUCGCUCUAGCGAGUCUGGAACAAGAGGAUGUAGAUCGCGGAGUCGAUGACUUAGAAGAACGAGAUUUGGAAGAAGCUAGGGAAAGCUUUGUGGAGACUUAUUUGGCAAAAUAUCCUAUCCUAGGUCGCAUACAGGGAUAUCCUAGCGUACUACAAGCUGAAGGCAUAGAAGCUGCAGCAAUAGCAGAGGAAGCGGGGUCAGAUUUAUGUUCUAGGUAGUGAAUCAUAUAUGAUGUAGUACUAGAGACGAGCAAGAAUGAACAGUGUAUCUAGUAGCUAAUGAUGAUUCGAAAUCGACUCGACGGCUAAUCAAUAGAUCUUGUUUUUCAAUGUAGAUGUACGUUUGCCAUAAGUAACUACGUCUCUCUAGUCAUAACUCCAUCUCUCUAAUCCUCGACGAAUUCCUAGAAGCCUCAACUACUCCAUCUCUCUAGUCAUAACUCCAUCUCUCUAAUCCUCGACGAAGUACCUGCUCCUGAAUGUGAGAAUUUGGCGAAGCAUCUGGUUGGGCCAUGCCGAAGGAAAAUUGCGCGAAGGACCGGGAGACCAGAUGAGAGCACAUCGACUACAAGUGAAAGAAAGAAUAGUAAAAUAUCUUCUUCAUCUGCUGCAAGUAUAACGGAGAGCAACUCUUCUUCCACUUCCCCUCCAGAACAACAAGCUAGUGAACAACUACAACCUAGUCGUGGUCACAUACCGAGACCACGACCCUUCGAGUACGAUCCUUCAGAUCCGAUAAGGGAGCAGGGUGAAACCAAGAAGCCGAAGGCUAAGCCCAAGGGCCAAUGUCCUGUGCGCAUAGCAGUACAGACAGUGGUGAAGGUGUAUAAGGUCAUCAAGAAUUCAGUACCACGCUUGAUGAGAUAG